UACAACAACGACAACAACAACUACUACUACUACUACUACGACGACGACGACAACUACGACAACUACGACUACGACUACGACUACGACUACGACUACGACUACGACUACGACUACGACUACGACUACGACUACUACGACUACUACUACUACUACUACUAG